AUGUCAGCCUUCUUUCAAAGUGUAGCUGGUGGCUUACUAAUGCCCUCGGCAUUUCUAGAGCUAGCUAGGCCCGGUAUGUCUACACAACAUCGGCUAGAUAUCGCGGCAUGGCGCCAGCACUCAAGGACAAAGGAAGCAUACAUGUGGCUAUACAUCAACCUAGGAGACUUGACUAAGAGAACCCCUUUGUUACUAUUGCUACACUAUCAAGGCAGACAUCAACCAUACGAGUUUGUACACUCUGAUCUUAAGCAAGCUCGGCUUAGUGAGGCCAGCGAUAUCACCAUGCCUGGCUUCCUCAACGGAUACACGAUGCUCUUCGUUGACCGGACGGCUCUAGAAACAUACGGCGAACUAGUGUCUUGGGAUGACGAUGCUGCUGCUUUCGAAAACAUGACCAACGGUGUUUUGGAGAUACAGCAACGUAUCUGGGCCUUCCUUGUUAAGUGCUGCCGGAUUCUGUUGCAAGACGUUAUUUCGAUAGUCGAGUCCGAGGUCCUUCCUAAUCCUGGGCCGCCAGCUAUACAGGACGAAAACGCCAUGUUGCUGGAGAUUGUCUCUCUUGAAGCGCCCUAUCGGCUACCCGCUCACCUCGAGUUCGACCGUUUGAAAGCUAUGGCUUCUGCAGAACGCAAUUCGAGAGAGGACCAUCUAUGGAGUAUGCGUGAAGACCCUGGGUACUUUGGUGAAACGAUGCAAGAACUCUCCGAGCAUCGGCAAGAGAUGCUCUUGGACACUCAGGGUAAGCCGCAUCCUACACUGAAAGAAGCGGGUCGUCCACUGUUCUGGAAUCGAGUCUUGGGUACUGCAUUUGUGCCAGCCUACUUUGGCUUGGCGAUCUUCGAUGGGGUCGUAAAGCAGGUCGAAAAAGUAGCUUCAAUUUAUGCAGCAUGCAAGGAAAACCUAAAUGGAGAAGAGGAUCUGCCUACGGACUUGUUUGACGCUUUCCAAAACCUCCGAUUUCUUUUGGACGCGGCAAAGACAGAUCUUGUACUCAAUCUCAAAGUCGGUCUAUUUGCCUCUCCACCAAUCCGCCAAUUCUGCGUACGCAAACCUCAAGAACCCAACACUUCCAAAAUUCGAUCCACGUUUGAGCCACCACGCAACGAUCAUGCCGUGAACCGACUCAUGCCUCUCUUCAACAUCUUGUUCAAUGAUGAACAGCUGUUUCUGUUCGGACUUCAUACGAUCACCGACGAAAUUGGACGCCUUAUCCGAACGGAUCCCGCCGUUGCUACAUUGAUAUCACCAUACAUUGCAGAGCGUAUAUCUUCGCUGUCAGUGGUGUCUGAAUGCCUUCAUCAGCUACAUAUUUUCCAACCCUGGGCGCAAAAGAUAGAGGACGGCAUGGACCUGAAGAACGAUGAGCUCUCACGUCAGUACAACCAGACAUUCAAGGGUUGGGCAAAUAUCAUGGGUAUCAACAAUUUUGAGGGCUCGCAAGUCUACAAGUACGCUGAUCCGACGGAUGGAAAGUUUGACUAUCCAGCACAUCGCCGCCGCAACAAGCAGAAUGUGGAGAUCAUGCGAAAAGCGGAGGCCAACUUGGAUGCUUUCUGGGAGGUGGUGGACCGGCACUACAAAUCUAGAAGUGGUGGCUCUCAACAUGAUAAAGUUGCGCAUCUCCUCAGCAAGGACCGCGCUCGCCUGUCGAAUUACGUGUAUCAGCCGUUCUCAAGCGUUUACCAUGAUGCGACAAAACAGAUCACUGGUGUGUUCGAUCGCACCACUCUCGACGAACCCGCUGUCAAACCAAAGACCCGGGGUAAUGCGCCCCAAUCUGCCGAACCUGCAGCACCUGCGACCGCUACCCAAGACAUACAGCCACAGCCCAUCUUCACGGUCGACAAGCGCGCGCACAAGGUCUUCAAAUCGCUCUUCCAUUCGCCAUACAACACCGAUCUACCAGGCGAGGUUCUGUGGUCUGACUUCUUGCACGCAAUGGUGUUGAUAGGUUUUUCAGCUGAGAAGAUACAUGGUUCUGCUUGGAACUUCACCCCGAAUACGCUUGGCGCUGGGGUAGAGAGAAGUAUUCAGUUUCAUGAACCACACCCGAGCAACAAAUUACCGAUGUUGUUGGCGAGGCGGUAUGGACGACGACUGUCAAGGAAUUUUGGGUGGAGUGGAGAUAUGUUUAGGCUUGCGUGA